AUGGGCCAUCUGCUGGUUCGAGGAUGGAUCCUCGCGGCCUUGUUGCUGCAAACCAGCGUUGCCUUGACCGUCCUUGCCCAGUCGCAAACCGUGCAGUGCUGUUUAUCCCUCGUCCGUUCCUUCUUCCAGCGCAAUUGCUACUCCAUCGAGUACCGUGGUGCCCUCCUCAAGCGCAAUCCGUUCAUCCUCGACUCCGCUGCUAAGAGGAUCCUCCACUCCUUCUUCAAGACCCGCCCCGAGUCAUUCGCCGGGUUCCCAGCCGCACUGGAGCUAUGUCUCCCGGCCUCUGCCACAGCGUACCCAGUGCUCGGCUUCUUCUUGACCACAUCGACGGUUCUCUCCACUCGCACGGCCACCAUCACUGCAUGCCCGUCUACAAUUCCCAACUGCCUUGCCAGUUCCAAGACCACCUAUGUGACCACGGAGACAAUUGUGGCCGCCAGCGCGACCAAGACCGCCGCCAUCUCCCCAUCUGUGACCGGAAUUGCUGUUGGUCACGACCAUGGAAAUGGUGGCUCGGAGUACACAACUUCCACCGUGUUCAGCACCCGCACUGCUACCAUUACCGCAUCGAAGACUACAUAUCUGACCACUGAAACCCUGGUUGUCUCCACAACGGUGUGUCCUGUGGCCGAUGCUACUGGCAGCAGUGGUCCGGCAGUCACCCAGCAUGCGUCAUCUCCUUCUCUCACUACAUCUACCAUCUUUACCACUCGCACCACCACCAUCACCGCCUGUCCUUCAUCGGUGACCAACUGCCCCUUGAGAUCAAAGACCACCUACGCAACCACCGAAACCCUAGUGCUCGGGACCACCGUCUACCCGGUGUCAAUCGCCCCGACGAACACUCCUCUGUCAUCCGCAACAGGAGCAGGUGGCGAAGUGCCGUCCGUCACCACCUCCACUAUCCUGAGCACCCGCUUUCCCACGGUUAGUGCCUGCGGAGAUGAUGCCAAUUGCAGUGCCUUGUCUCAAGGCUCCUAUGUCACGACUGAGAUCCUGGUUACCACUAUCCCGGCUGAAGGCGUUGAUACUGUCUCUGCUUCCACCACGAUUGCCAACGCUCAACCUAUCAGCUCGGGUGGUGCAUCUCAGGUUGUGUCAACCGGAUCUCAGUCUGGAUCUGCAGGCUCCGGCACAAGCUCGGGUGUAGGCUCGGAUGCGAAUACCAGUGCAGGCUCCGGCACAGGGGCAUACACGGCAUCAAGCUCCGGUUCUGUCUCCGGUUCAAGCUCCAGCUCCGGUUCAAGCUCAACCUCAGGCUCAACCUCAAACAUCGGACCUAACACAGGUGCAAAUGCCAACGCAGUCUACACCACGACGGUCACUACGGACAUUGCUCAGCCCACCGUGGCCCCGUCCGCGUACACACUUACCCCACACUCCGGGUCCGGGGCUUCUGGUAACCUCAAUGCCUCUUCUUCCGCCUCUCCCUCUGCCUCUGCCUCUGCCUCUCUCGGACACGUAUGGCCCCAGAGCAGUCAUGUCAGUGGCAUACGCACGGCCGUUGCUUCUCCCACGAGAAGCGCGGUCAAUCCGUUGUACACCGCAGCUGCGUCCGCGGGCAGUCGGUGGUCGGUGUGGCAGGUUAUGGGCACGGUGUUGGCGAUUAUGGUGGCGAUGGUUGUCUAGGAGGGGGGUGGGAUUUGUAAUGCUG